AUAUGAGUGGGAUUCCCCGAAUUAUGCAUAGAGUAAAGACGUAAUGUACUUUUUACGCAAUUUAGUUUGGUUUUGAGAGUUGAAAAGAAAAGGCGCUUAGUUGUUGUGAGUAUUUAAAACAUUAUAAGUAAAAUAAAGUUAGUGCUCGUAUAGAUUUAUUAACUCAAUAACAGCCUUAACACAAUGUCACAUAAUUCACCUGUAAUAAAAGCCAAGAGGAAGGCGAUCAGUUUAGAUACUAAAAUUAAAAUUUUAGAUCAACUUACAACAGGACAAGGAGCAACGGCUGUAGGAAAGCAUUUUGGUAUUCAUGAAGCUACCAUAAGAACGAUCAAGAAAAAUGAAACUGCGAUUAGAAAAUCGGUAUGUUCUGGAACGAAAAUAAGUGCUAAAUCAUCGUCAUACAUAAGAGAUGUUGUCAAAGAGAAGAUGGAAAAAGCUUUGGUAAUGUGGAUUGAAGAUAAAUCACAAAAAAGAAUACCAGUAGAUGGAAUUGCUAUCAAGCAAACUGCAUUAAGAAUUUAUAAACGUAUUAAAGAAGUUGAGCCAGGCACUUCAUCUCAGUCAAAACAACCCGAAUUUUCUGCAAGUACAGGUUGGAUGACAGGUUUUCUUAAACGACAUGCUCUCCAUAAUGUAAAAAUUAAGGGAGAAACUGCGUCUGCAGAUGAAUUGGCUGCCAAAAAAUUUCCUGAAAAACUUAGAAAAAUUAUUGAAGAUGGAGGAUACACCCCAGAUCAAGUUUGGAAUGUAGAUGAAAGUGGCCUCUUUUGGAAAAAAUGCCCAGCAGAACUUAUGUUGCAAAAUCGCAGAAAACUGCCGGUGGUUUAAAAGUAGCAAAGGACCGUGUAACAUUGUUGUUUUGUUCCAAUGCUUCAGGAGAACGUAUGUUAAAACCACUGCUAGUAAAUCGUGCUUAAAGACCACGCUCGAUGAAAAGUGUAGAUUUCAAUAAACUGCCAAUUCACUGGACAGCAAACAAAAAGGCAUGGAUGACCAGUGCAAUCUUUACAGAAUGGUUCCAGAAAUACUUCAUUUCAGAAGUUAGACGCUACAUGAAUGCAAAAUGUCUAGAAUUUAAAGUUCUUUUAAUUCU